AUGAAGACUUUCGAAAUGAUAUGCUUCCUUCGUCUCCUACUGUUUGCAUCAAUUGCAUCAGUCAGGUCGCUUUCGACCGACAAUCUGCCUUCGUCCGGCGGUGUUGCUGAGGCCUAUGCGAGAUCUUCAACCUCGGGUGUUGUUGUAAGAACUCCUCUUAUCGAAUCACCCCUCAUCAAUGAAGAACUGAAUUGUCGGCUUCUAGUCAAGGCGGAAUGCCUACAACGGACGGGGAGUUUCAAAUUUCGUGGAGCAUUCAAUCGUCUAUCCAGUCUCGAAAGUGAAUCAGCGAACAAAGGUGUUGUGGCCUUUUCCAGUGGGAAUUUUGGUCAAGCUUUGGCAGCAGCUGCCACAGCCCUUCAGAUUCCGUGUUGUAUCGUUUCUCCACAUGAUGCGCCUGCUGUAAAGUUGGAAAGGAUACAGAAAUUUGGAGCAGAUUUGGUGUUAAGCACUGCAAAACCAGACGAGAACCGAGAGGUAGUUGCUUCUGCUUUGGCACAAGAAAUAUCCGCCACUAAGGGUAUGACUUUGCUGCAUCCCUUUGAAGAUGCUCAGGUCAUUCAUGGACAAGGUACUUGCGGCAUGGAGCUGUUCGAUCAAUGUCAAGAGUUGACAGGAUCUCCUCCUGACAUCAUCUUGAUUCCAUGUGGAGGAGGUGGCUUGACCGCCGGAAUCCAAUUGGCUGUGGAACAUUACCAAGGAAGCGAUCCUACUACAAAGCACACCGAAGUAUAUACAGUGGAACCUAGAGGUUACGACGAUCACGCUCGAUCGUUCAAUGAUGGUAAAUUGCAGUCCCUUUCCGAAAUCUAUUCCAAUGAACCACCACCAAGUGACCGAUCCGUCUACUGUGACGCUCUCAUGGCCGGAGCACCAGGUGAGAUUACAUGGAGCGUCAAUGGUCCUAGACUAAAAGGGGCAUUAGAAUCAUCUGGAGACGCAUCCGCUGCCAAUGGCAUGAAAGUGGCCUUUGAUCACUACCGAUUGGUCUUGGAACCUAGUGGAGCCUUGGGACUUGCGGCCGUGCUGGAUGGCCAAGUGGAUGUGACAGACAAGACUGUCGUUGUCAUUGCGAGUGGGGGCAAUAUUGACUUGGAAGUAUUUGGCAAACUAAUGGAAAUGGUGGAAUGA